CUUAUCGCCCCUCCAGCGGAUUUUUCUUCAACGCCAAAAGCUACAUCUGGAACCGCGUCUCACUCAUCUCAGGCGGCAAUAGUCCAGUGUUGAUUUACUCUAGACGUCGCUAUGAAGGCCGAAAAGCUUGGAGAUGUUUCCGUGUACACUGUCGCGGGCGCAGAGACAGCGCGUCCGCUUCCCGAAUGGCUUGCCAGGAGACGAAAGCGCAGUCUCAAGACCAAUUCGGAAUACCAGAACAGGGUGGAACUCCUGCAGGAUUUUGAAUUCGAAGAGGCGAGCCAAUGUAUUCGUGUUAGUGAGGAUGGCGACUGGAUUAUGUCCACAGGCACAUACAAGCCUCAAAUGCAUGUGCACUAUACGCCUCACCUGUCUCUCUCCUUCGCAAGACACACGACGUCUCUAAAUACGACGUUUCGUUUGCUCUCUUCAGACUACACCAAGUCUCUGCACCUCCAGAGUGAUCGCUCAUUAGAGUUCCACACGAAAGGGGGUUGUCAUUACGCGACUCGCAUUCCCCGCUAUGGCCGCGACUUGGUCUACGAUAGACAUUCAACAGAGGCUCUGAUACCAUCCGUGGGGCUUGAUGCAGAGGGUAGUGGCGAAGUGUUUCGCAUGAAUCUUGAAUUAGGGAGAUUUAUGAAGUCGUAUCAGAUCGACGUUGGUCGCGAUGAUUCUGUUGAGACUGGUUUGCAGGGCGGCAUCAACGUAGGUAGCGUUAACACUGGUGCUAUUGCAGAAGACAGUCAUAACCUUUUAGCCUUUGGAACCAGCGUCGGCACCGUCGAGUUUUGGGACCCUCGUUCAAAGAGUCGAGUGGCUAUUAUCGGUGGCCAAGAAGAAAUUACUGCACUUGAUUUCAACCCGACUGGAUUGUCAAUAGCCACCGGCACGUCAACAGGCUUGGUCAAGAUAUUUGACCUGAGAAGCCCGGUCCCAUUAUUUCACAAGGAUCAAGGCAACGGAUUCCCAAUCAAGGAAUUGAUACACUUGACUACUGCCUCGCAGGAGAAGAAGAUUCUAUCUGCCGACAAGAAGACGAUCAAGAUAUGGGCCGAGGACGACGGCAAGCACUGGACAUCGGUCGAGCCCCUUGUCGACAUCAACUCGGUCGCUUGGUGUAAAGGCAGUGGCAUGAUACUUACGGCGAACGAAGGCAGAGCUCAGCACAGCUUUCUUAUACCACAGCUGGGCCCCGCCCCGAGGUGGUGCUCCUUCUUGGACAAUAUGGUUGAAGAAAUGGCGGAAGAGGUUCAGACCACCACAUACGACAACUACAAGUUCUGUACCCUGCCAGAUCUCAAGUCGCUGGGGUUGGAUCACCUCAUUGGGAAGUCCAAUCUGCUGCGGCCUUAUAUGCACGGUUACUUCGUUGCCUCCAAAUUCUAUGAUCAAGCCAAGUUGAUCGCAAACCCAUACGCUUGGGAAGAGGAGCGAGCUAAGCGCGUCAAGGAGAAGGUUGACAAGGAGCGCGCCAGCAGAAUCCGUGGAAACAAGAAGGUCAAGAUCAAUCAGAAGUUGGUUGACAAGCUUCUCAAGCGACAAGAAAAUAGAGCCCAGGUCGACACCAAUGCUGGACUACUUGGUGACGACCGUUUUGGCAAACUAUUCGAGGAUGAAGAGUUUGUGGUCGACGAAAACAGUCGCGAAUUCCAAGUUCUCAACCCGAGCACAAAGAUUGACCCUAACAGUGGCGCUACGAAUAAGCCUGCUGUAGAGUCCCCAGCGGAAGAAGACACCGACAUGGAUGGCUCUGACGAAAGUGAGGAUGAAAUUGUCCCUCAACGGAAGUUGAAGGACGUGGUGGAGAUGCGAGUCUCUUCGUCGAAUGCGGGUAGCGGUCGUCAUUUCAAGGACACAACGCUGGGUUCCCGAGCUCAGAUUGCCGUUCGGAGCAGCAAAACACGGCCCGGUGAAGUGGUCGGGGAACAGUCCAUGUCGUUCGUUCCAGAAAGAAAGAAGAAGCAGAACAACCAAGAUGUCCCCGAGCAACAGACCACGAAAGACAGGAGGAAAUCGGAUGCUAGACGAAGUGCGAGCGGAAAUACUUUCAGGCAAAUGUGAUACCCAGACGAUGCACACGAAACGUCGAGUCAUUGAUAACCUAUUUAUACAUACAAGCGAGAAGACCAACCAGCCAAGUGGGCUCAUUAUACCAGAACACCGAAGGCAA